AUGGCCUGUGGCCACGACGACGGCGCUUCCCCGCCAUGUGCGAGAACGGGAGGGUUCAGCUAUUAUGGCUCCAACUUGAUGCCCGACACCGCGCUCCUGUGCGUCGCAAUCAACGUCGUCUCCGCCGUCCAGUCCUUCCGCGCCGGCUCCGACAUAUUCGGGGGCAUAUUCCGGUGCUACGCGGUCGUCUUCUCGCUCUUCGUCGCCGUCCUCGAGACCGAGUGGGGGUUCAUCAUCCGCUUCUGGAAGAUAUUUGAAUACUGGCCUGCACGGGGAAUGCUCCAGAUCUUUGUUGCUGUCAUGACGAAGGCAUACCCAAGUAUUGAAAGGAAUGAUCUGAUUUUGCUCCAGGAGAUUGCCAGCUACAUGCUUCUUGCAUGUGGAGCUAUCUAUGUGAUCUCGGGGAUAUUGUGCAUUGGUGUGCUAAAACGUUCAAGGCAGCAGAGAGUGACAUCACGGGAGCAAGCAGCCAAGGAUCUGCAGGAGCUGGAGAAACGGAGAGAAGAACUUGAGGCGUUGUUACUUGCUGAGCGGUGGGAGUUGGUCUGA